UGCACACUUUUGCACUCCAGCGGCUACCGUAGCCGGGCCCUGCGUGGACCCGCGCGCCUGCGUGCUGCCGACAGGCUCUCCAUUUCUGCGAGGACCGGGAAGGACGUUGGUGCAGAGGACAUCCGCCACCAUGAGUUCCGGUACGUUGCCGAAACCUCAGAUGCGUGGUCUCCUGGCCAAGCGCCUGCGGGUUCACAUUGUUGGCGCGUUCGUUAUGGCCCUGGGAGUUGCCGCUGCCUAUAAGUUUGGCGUGGCUGAACCCAGAAAGAAGGCAUAUGCAGAUUUCUACAGGCAUUAUGACUCCAUGAAGGACUUUGAAGAGAUGAGGAGGGCUGGUAUCUUCCAGAGUGCGAAGUGACUUCAGAAUGUACAGAAUAUUUGGAUUGCACUCAAUAGAAGUUCAUUGCUGACCUGUGUUCCUGAACUAUGAAACAUGAAUAUGUGGGCUAAGGAGUGGGUUACCUCAAUAAACAAUUAACAAUUAUAUGGACAG